AUGCUCAAUAUGGCGACCAAGAAGCCCAAUUUCCUCUACAUCAUGGCCGACCAAAUGGCCGCACCCUUGCUGUCCUUGCAUGACAAGAACUCCCCCAUUAAAACCCCUAAUCUAGAUCGCCUUGCCGACGGCGGUGUAGUCUUCGAGUCAGCUUAUUGUAACUCACCACUGUGUGCUCCCUCGCGCUUUGUCAUGGUCAGCGGCCAGCUGCCCUCUAAGAUUGGAGCCUAUGAUAACGCGUCAGAGCUGCCCGCGGACACCCCCACAUAUGCUCACUAUCUGCGCCGCGAGGGAUACCACACGGCCUUGGCCGGAAAGAUGCACUUCUGCGGCCCGGAUCAGCUUCACGGCUAUGAACAGCGUCUGACCAGUGAUAUCUACCCGGGUGAUUAUGGCUGGUCCGUCAAUUGGGAUGAACCUGACAUCCGUGCCGACUGGUAUCACAACAUGUCCUCCGUGAUGGAGGCAGGCCCCGUUGUCCGCACAAAUCAAUUGGAUUUUGAUGAAGAGGUAAUUUACAAGUCAAUUCAAUACCUACACGACCAUGUUCGGCAGCGCAACGAGCAGCCUUUCUGCUUGACGGUCUCCAUGACUCACCCACAUGACCCAUAUGCCAUGACCAAGGAGUUCUGGGACUUGUACAACGAUGUCGAGAUCCCGCUGCCUAAGAACGGAGCGAUUCCCCAUGACCGGCAAGAUGCGCACUCCCAGCGGGUACUUAAGUGUAUCGACUUGUUCAACAAGGAGAUGCCCGACGAGCGCAUCCGUGCCGCCCGUCGUGCAUACUAUGCCGCCUGUACAUACGUUGAUACCAACAUCGGCAAGCUGCUACAUGUUCUUGAAAACACCGGUCUGGCCGACGAUACCAUCAUUGUUUUCACUGGUGAUCAUGGUGACAUGCUCGGCGAGCGCGGCCUGUGGUACAAGAUGACCUGGUUCGAGAAUUCGGCUCGCGUUCCUUUCCUUGUCCACUCGCCUAAGCACUUCGCCCCAAAGCGCAUCUCCCAGAACGUCUCUACUAUGGAUCUCCUUCCUACGUUCGCUGAAUUGGCAGGCGCCAAACUCAUCUCCGACCUUCCCCUCGACGGUGUUUCCCUCGUACCGUAUCUGACUGGCGGCGAGGGUCUCCGCACCGAUACAGUCUACGGCGAGUACAUGGGCGAGGGUACCCAGGCUCCUCUUAUGAUGAUCCGUCGCGGCCGCUGGAAGUUCAUCUAUUCGACUAUCGAUCCACCUAUGCUCUACGAUCUCGUCAACGACCCAGAGGAGAGGACCAACCUUGCAGCCGGCCUACCUAUUCCAUCCAGCUCCACUCGCGCAAUCAAGCCCACUAACUUGACUACCAUGAAUCUGCCAACUCCAGACGACACCCCACAUGCAUCGCCAAUCCCUCAGCGUGCUACCACGGCAGACUACCACUUCCCUUCAAAUACCCCCCCUCGCACUCCGAGCCCCUCCAAGCUCCCGCCUGCAGUACCCAACACCACCGAUCCAACUAAAAUUCUGGCAUUCUUCCUUGAGGAAACAUUUGCCCGCUGGGAUCUGGAGAAGAUCCACCAGGACGUACUGCGUUCUCAGCGCCGCCGCCGUCUGGUCUACUCCGCUUUGAUUCAGGGUACCCAGACCGUCUGGGACUACGAGCCGCGCACCGACCCGAGCACCCAAUAUGUGCGAAACCAGGGCAAGGGUGCCCUCGACGAUGUCGAACUCAUCUCGCGUUGGCCUCGUGUGCUCCAGCAAGCUGCUGCUGCUAAUGGGAUAUCUGCCUAG